AUGGCAGUGAUGUUGCCAGAAUUGCAUCGAACCUGCCAUUUGUUGAAGCAGCCGCUCCUUUUUAUGGAUCGACCCGCUGCAAUGUUCCUGCUGGUCGAUGGGCUCAGGGAAUCCAGCGCGGCUGCUGCAUUUUGCGCUCAGAGAUUUCACACCUUCUUUUUGCCUCGGCUUAGCAGCCGGCAAGAUGAGCCGGAGGACUUCGAACUGGUGGAGAUGGUGAACCAGGCCAUUGAGGACUUGGAGAAGUCUUUGCUGGACAGCAACGCGCGCUAUGCAGGCUGUGGGCUCGCAUUGCUGCUGGUGCUUGGCCAGCGAGUACUGGUAGCCAAUGUUGGAAAUUGCAGGGCAGUGAUGUGCACCCCGCCGAAACCGAGUGGCGACGGGCUUGCCGCCCCAUCGCCCAAGGACCCCUGGAAGAUCCGCCUCUUGGUAGGUGGUGGCCCCUCGGGGCAGGCCUUAGCAGAUGUGGUGAAGUUAGAACGCCUGCGGAGGUUAAAGGAAUACGCACCCUUAGAUUUCGAGGGCAAACCUGGGGAUGUGCUGAGCGGCUGCAGUGUUGGGCCGAUCCACAUGCCUGGGCCUGUGGCUCGAGUGAUGAAGCGUUCCUUCGGUCUCUGGGGCGGUUGGGGCGCUUGGGUCCUGGGUAUCUUGGGUUGGAGCUGUUUUUCUCACCUUUCCACGGGUUGGAUCUGCGCUUUUGCGCUUCCGCGACGCGACCUGUUGGCUCGCGGAGUCGCAGGACAGGGGGUCAGCAACGAUAUUCUGAGCCGUUCUGGAUCAAGUACUUUAAGCAAUGACAUGGCCGUGCUGGCCUUCAUUGCGGAUACGACCACGCCCAAUGGAAAAGCCUUGGUGCAACUGGUGACUGAAACAGAUGCGACAGAGACGUCGCAGUGCAUCUUCGGCAACUGCCUGGAGGACUUUACCUCCUCGCCGAAAUUGGCCGAAGUCGACGUGCUGGUGCUGGCCGUCUUCGCCGGCGGAAACCCGCAGGUGAUUGCGGAGCUGUGGCCGCAGCUGAAGGCCCAGGUGCGUUGGAUUCACUCCUUGGCCGCCGGGGUCGACACCUUGGUGCCGGUGCUUCAGCAGCUGGAUGACGAGGCCCAAGCGGUGCCGUUGACCAACGCCAAGGGCGCCUUCUCGCGGUCCCUGGCGGAGUACGCGGUGGCCGCCAUGAUGCAUUUCAACAAGCAGAUCACAAGGCUUCAGGCAAAUCGGGUCAGUCGCAACUGGGAGAAGUUCAUCAUGAACGAAGUGCACGGCAAGACCUGUGGAUUCAUUGGCUUUGGCGACAUCGCCCAGCACACGGCCCGGCUCUGUCGUGCCCUGGGGCUGCAGGUCCUGGCCUGGCGGAAUCGCCAGGGGCUGCCGGGGAACGACUUGGCAGAUCGGGUGACGUAUGCCAGUGAUGGACCCCAAGCCAAACAGGAGGUCUUUGAGCAGUCGGACUUCGUGAUCUGUUCACUGCCAGGUGGUGAGGCGACAUAUCACGCCUGUGGAGCAGCAGAAUUUGCUGUAAUGAAGCCGACGGCUGUCUUUAUUUCGAUUGGGCGAGGCUCCUGCGUAGAUGAAACGGCCCUUCUGGAAGUGCUGAAAAGCAAAAAGAUCUUGGGGGCUGCCUUGGAUGUUUUCGAAAAGGAGCCUUUGUCGCCGGAAUCACCGCUGUGGGACAUGGAAAAUCUGUUGCUGAGCCCGCACAACGCUGACCUCACUCCAACGUACAUGAGUCAAACUUGGGACAUCUUCGUGCAGAAGUUGACCGAUUUCAGAUCCCCCAACUUCACGACCUUCAAGGAUCAGGCGACGGCCGAGGAGCUCAGCGCAAUCAGCGAUCCGCGGGAGCGGGCCUUGCGGCGUGUGGCAAAAGCCGCCCAUCACUUUGCUGCGCUGGGCUUUUCGGCCACCGAAGCUGUGACCGCCACAGUGGCCACGGUGCAGAAGGCUGUAGAAGACUUUGAGAGAACUGUUGGUAAGCCUGAUGGCACCUCGCUGUACACCACAGCCCUGGGACGCGUGAAGGCCGCUGCGAAGGCAGUCGAGGCGAUGAUCAGCCUGGACUCCUUCGGCACGAACCAACUGGCAGAACUGUGCUAUGUGAUGGACGACGAGGGUGGCAUCUUGUCCUGUCCUUUGUCACCGCGGCGUGAGGCCACAGCGCAUGCGCAGGUGGAGACGCGCUACCGGGCGGUGCUCAGCAACUUGGCGGGGGCAUCUCCUGAAGGUGCUGCAAGUGCCUGGAGCAUCAUGGGCGAGGUGGUAGAUGCUGCCGCGCGACCCGUGGCGCAGCUAUGGGCACCUCCCGUUGAGAAUCGGGCUGUGGCGGCAGCCCGAGCCAUGGGCUUACGAGACCUCAAGAGGCCGCGGAAGCUCGUGGGCCUGGAAAUUGUCAGCGAGGCGUUCGACGCGGCGUUCGGCGUUGAUCUUCGAAGGGAAGCGAAGGGGCGGCCCGUGCAAAUGGUUGACGCACCCAGAAAUGUGGGCGACCCAGUUGUUGAUACGGCGUUUCGACGGCGAGUGUGGUUCGCGGCUCCUGACAUUCUUUCAGAGAUCGGCAUCUCUGGCAGCACGCCAUACAUCCUGGCGGGAGGCCAGUCAGGUGGUCAGGGGAAAGUGUUGCAACACCCGGAGAUGAACUACGGCCCUGGUGUGAGCGGUGAACUGCGCGUCACCCAUGACUCUGGAGCGGAGAAGAGUCUCCAGGAUGCUGAGAAGAAGGCUCCCGAAAAGAAACGCAUCCCGGGCCGGGGCGAUGUGGUCUCCGUGGAAGAGCGGACGCUGGACGGAUGGCAGAGGCGCAAAGAUCGCAUUCGCUGA